CUCGUCUGCAGAACAGUCUCGAUAUGAGUGAAAACGUUGCUCACGCCCUUUCCGGCGCCCUCGGUGGUAUGGCCGCCAUGGUCGUUACCUACCCUCUCAUUACCCUCUCUACACGUGCCCAGGUCGAAGUGAAGAAGGUCCACGCCAGUCAGCUUGAAGCCGUCAAGCGCAUCCUCGAGCGCGAAGGUGUCAGUGGCCUUUACACGGGUUUGCGAUCCGCUCUAUUCGGCAUUGGUGUUACAAACGGUGUCUACUACUACUUCUACGAGACGGCCAAGGAGAUCCUCGAGAAAGCACGUAAAGGUCGCGUAGGACCCAUGACGACCGCUGAGAGCAUGCUUGCUGGUCUGUUGGCUGGAUCAGCUACAGUAUUUGCCACCAACCCCAUCUGGGUCGUCAACACGCGUGUCACUGCACGCAAAGAUGCCGUGGAGUCGAAUCCCAAUGCGCCUGCCGUGCCUCACAAGAACCUGGGUACACUUGCGACUCUCAAGGCGUUGAUUCGCGACGAGGGCGUCGGUGCCCUGUGGGCUGGUGUUGCGCCUGCACUCGUGCUAGUCAUCAACCCAAUCAUCCAAUACACCAUCUUUGAGCAGUUGCGUAUCUUGAUUGAGAAGCGACGCAAGAUGACGCCUUGGGAUGCGUUCCUCCUUGGUGCUGUGGGUAAGCUGGCUGCAACUGGCUCUACGUAUCCUUACAUCACGCUCAAGGCACGUAUGCAGCUGCGUCAGUCCGGUAACAAGGACGAGCAGUACAACAACAUGCUUGCUGGUCUCAAGAAAAUUAUCCGUGAUGAAGGUGUCGCUGGGUUGUACAAGGGUGUGGGACCCAAGGUCGUGCAGUCUGUGCUCACUGCUGCGUUGCUCUUUGGCUUCAAGGAGCAGCUCUUUGUCACUGCCAAGCGUCUUAUGGCAGCCGUGGGUACCAAGCAGGUCAAGCAGGUCGCCGUCGCAGCAGCAGCAAGGGCAUAA